GUAUUCCUCUUUUAAUUGUCGAAACCUAAUUUAAACUCAAUUUACAAAGUAAUUUGUGUAUACAUAAAUUACCAAUUUUAGUAAAUUCAAAGAAAUAACCAUUUAAGCUGCUAAAUAUUAUUCAGAAAACUAUUUGAGUGCAUAAACCGGAACGGGCCAGUAAAAAAUAUAUAAUUUUUUAAUGGUUAUAAUAAUGAUACUCAUAAUAACUAAAACAUAUGAUUGCUAUUAUACGGUGAUUUAAGAUUAUGUCCAUGAAAUUUUCCAGACCGAAUUAAAAUGCUUUAAGGAACAUGGCAUAUUAGAGACUUGGUAAAAUGCCCUCGCAAUUCGAUAGCUUACAGAAAUGUGUAUUUUUUAGUGUAUGCCAAACGGAAGUGUUGAUAUUGCCGCUGCUCUGUCGCAGCUCAGUCGCAGCUCAGUCGCAAGUGAGUCGGUAUAGAAAUUGUCAUCUCAUAACGACUUAAGCUGCUCGGCACGCAACAUGACCGGGCUGAGCAGCAUAGUCAGCAUUUCAGCACCUCCCAGAAUGCGGCAUACAGCCCAUCCCCCGUUUUCACCCACUGCCAGUGCCUCUGGGGUCACACACACUUAAAGCCACAACAAACGCAUCCACAGAAUCUUGGAGGGCGACGACGAUGAAGAUGAAGAUGAAGAUGAUUAUGACAAUGGGCGGAUGAUGGCAAAGUCAUUCCUUUAAGGGCUCACUCUCGGUCGCUCUGUGUGCACUGAGUGAUUUUAUUUGCCAGUGCCUUCUAUUUAUUUUCUAUUUAUUCGAUUUGCAUUUCCACUCUUCGGAGCCGAAAACUCUCAAGAUUUCAAAUGCAAAUUCAGUUCCCCCUAAGUCAUUGCGAAUUUCUCUGUGUGUUUUGUUCGGCUGUUGACUUGGCUUUUAACUUCUUGGCAAAUCUUCGGCAACGAGAACCUGCGACAUCCAUCCACUAUAUGUUGCUCUCCAACUUGGAAAAGCGCCAGGGCGUGGCAGGAAAAUCAACAACCCUUCGCCAUGUGGCUUCACUCACAACGGAAACUUUAGCGUGUGGACACUUUCAUUUCCCUAAUUAACAGUCUGCAAUCCGAGAAACUCAAACCAAACAAUCCAAAACCAAAACGCAAAUAUCAACAUCAACUCGGAAAAUUUCCUGGAAGCAUAACAUCGAAUAACAAUAUCUGAAUUAGUGGGCGCAGAGCUAAAAAAACCGACCACUUGGCCGAAACCGAAACAAACUAAAAAUAAUUUGAAGCCCAAGAAAUGUUAAAAAUAAAAUUAAAAGAAAUCAACGAAUGCUCGUCAGCUACACAAGGCGGCAGCAACCGCGGCGGCAAAAAAUAUGAACAAAAUUAAAAAGCAGCCGCUUGGAGCUAGAAAAAAACCCAAUCAGCGAGCAGCAGCCACAAAUUUACAAAAAAUAGAAAAAUAGAAGCCGCACCACACACAUAGCAAAUAGCCAGAAAUUGUCGUCGUCCAGCGGAGAGGUGGUAGUGGUAGGUAGUAGCCUCCAUCAGCAGAAGCAACGGCGGCGGAAAAGCUGCGGAAAAUCUACAGAAAAUCAACGGGAAGGCGAGGCCAUCGAGAACGUGUGGGCGGCGUUGGCUGGCAAGGACAGUGGUCGUUGUCUCUUGGUCGUUGACGUUGUCAGCGGAGGCUGAAACUGAGGCUGAGGCUGAGACUAAGGCAGCGGCAGCGGCAGCGGACGCGGCGACGUUGUCGUGGCCACACGGUGCUGGCCCGGCCACUUUCGCGAAUCAAUUUCCGUUGCGGUGGCCGUUUCAGUUUUGGUUUCAACGUUGCCGGCGCUACGCGUGUCGUGAAUUUCCAAUGGCGGUUCUAGUGGGUGCUGUUCCGAAAUAAAAGUGCGAAAAACCAGAAACAGUGUUAAGUGGCAAGUGGCAAGCAACCAAAGCCAAAGAAAGAGUAUAGAAAAAUAAAGCAAGACAUCACACGCCACCACUCAUGUUGUUGUGCCCCGAAGUUGUUGGCCCAGAGCCACCGCGGCAAAGGCAUCGCACCAGUGCGACCAGGAUACGCAAAAGACCGAAAUGCUGCUGCGGCAAUCAGGAGGAGCAGCUGGAGCAGCUGGAGCAGCAAUCAAAACAGCUGGAACAGCAGUCUCCGAACCCUAGCUAUAGUCAGCGCCAGAGCCUCACACUGGCGCGGGUCACAGCGGCCGCCCUUACAACGGCGGCCAUGUUGCACACAACCAAUGCCCUGGCCACCAGCUCAUCCUCAUCCACAUCCUCAUCAUCAUCCGCCGGAUCUGCACUGCCAUUGCCGGGCACUGCCACGCCCCCUUCACACGAACUGAACGCCACGCUGCUGAGCAGCACGGCGGCGGGUCUGAUCUUCAACGAGAGCGGAUACAAAGAUCCUGGCCUGGGACUCCAUCCCGACGAGGACUGGCUGGACAACAUCUUCUGGGUGUUCAAGGCCUUCGUCAUGCUGCUCAUCAUCAUUGCGGCCAUCUGCGGCAAUCUGCUUGUUAUUAUUUCUGUGAUGCGUGUUAGAAAAUUAAGAGUUAUAACGAAUUACUUUGUAGUUUCCUUAGCCAUGGCUGAUAUAAUGGUCGCUAUUAUGGCCAUGACAUUUAACUUUAGUGUGCAAGUAACUGGGCGCUGGCUCUUCAGCCCCUUCCUGUGCGAUUUGUGGAACAGCCUCGAUGUCUACUUCUCAACAGCGAGUAUUUUGCAUUUAUGCUGCAUAUCUGUGGAUAGAUACUAUGCGAUUGUUAAGCCGCUCAAGUAUCCCAUCAGCAUGACGAAACGCGUCGUCGGCAUUAUGCUGCUGAAUACAUGGAUAUCGCCGGCGUUGCUCUCGUUCUUGCCCAUCUUCAUCGGCUGGUACACCACCGACCAGCACAAGGUGUUCGUCAUGGAGAACCCGGACCAGUGCUCCUUCGUGGUGAACAAGUACUACGCCGUCAUCUCGAGCUCGAUUUCGUUCUGGAUCCCCUGCACCAUCAUGAUCUUCACCUACCUGGCCAUCUUCCGCGAGGCCAAUCGCCAGGAGAAGCAGCUGAUGAUGCGCCACGGCAACGCGAUGCUCAUGCACCGCCCCUCCAUGCAGCCCUCAGGCGAGGCGCUGAGCGGCUCCGGCUCGUCGAAAACUUUGACACUGCACGAUGUCGAGCAGGAGCACACCCCCACUAAGGACAAGCACUUAAAAAUGAAGCGGGAGCACAAGGCCGCACGCACGCUGGGCAUCAUCAUGGGCACCUUCAUCCUCUGCUGGCUGCCAUUCUUUCUGUGGUACACGCUCUCCAUGACCUGCGAGGCGUGCCAAGUGCCGGAAAUCGUCGUAUCGAUCCUAUUCUGGAUUGGCUACUUCAACUCGACGCUCAACCCGUUGAUCUACGCGUACUUCAACCGGGACUUCCGGGAGGCGUUCCGCAACACGCUGCUCUGCCUGUUCUGCAACUGGUGGAAGGACCGCCACAUGCCGCUGGACAUCGACAUCCGUCGCUCCAGCCUGCGCUACGACCAGCGGGCGAAGAGCGUCUACUCGGAGAGCUACCUCAACUCGACGACGCCCUCGCACCGCCGACAGUCGCAGAUGGUGGACAACUUAUAAUACAGGGACGAGGCGCUGCUGACGCCCAUCGCCCAGCAGCGGCAGCGGCUGGCGGCGGGCGGGUCCGGUUGCGGAUCCCGCCUGGGCGGGCAACUGGCAGCUGCCGUCGACAGGGAUAGGGAUAAAGAUAGGGACAGGGAUAAGGACAAGGACAAGGCCAAGUCGCACGUGGACCGCCUGGCGGGCUGCGACGAUGUGCAGGAGAUCCAGAUCGAAAUACCCAUGGAGUACAUCAACAAAUGGAACAAGAACAACAAUGCUGCCGCCUCGACGUCCUCCAGCCAUGUGUAAAUGUAAAGUGCUCGAUGGGGCGGCGAAUUAAUCGAUGGCAGAACGGCAACCGGGGGGAGGAAUCAAUUUAAUGCAAUUAAAAUGUUCCAUUAAUUUGUAAAAUUAAUAUGCCGGCUCAUCUCAUGCGUUGGCUGACUUACUCGUAAUGUUGACAUUAAUCAAUCAUGCUUCGAAGCGUGCCAUUUCAUUUGCCCGCCACUGUGCACCUAUUGAUUGCUUUUUUGUUGAAAAUAAUCUAUAUAUUUUUUUUUUGCAAACUGAAGCACAGAUCGGGGCUAUCGUAGGUUAACUUAUUUAUUUAUGUUUUCGUGUCGUUUAAAUCUUGUUGUAAAUACUGAGUAUUUUUGUACGACUAAAUUAAGCACAGGUUGUAAACUCAUUUCUAUAUGUAUGCCAAUCGGAAAACUGUAUGCCCCAAAGCAUUUUGCUCACUCAAAUGAAAAACCAAAAAUAAAUUAAUCAAAAUGGCAAUCACUGCAACUCACUGAGCUAUGCGUGUACAUAGGGAUUCGAAAAAAGAACGAAGAGCUAAAGCUAAAACUGUGCCAAUUAAGAGACCGCAAAUUAUAGACAACUACGAGAGAAGUCCUGCAAAAAAAAAAAGAGAUUUACCCGAGCGAAAAAUCAACCACACCCCCAACGCAAUUAAAAUCAGAGAAAUUAGGAAGCCCGACAAAGUUACGGAAGCUAAAGCAAAGCUAAACCCAAUUGUUAUUUGAACGACAAUCGCAUGAAUUGAAAAUGCUCAAAACCAAAGUAAACCUUAAAACGUAUAUCAAGUAAAUAUAGCAAAAAUAUAUAGUCAAAUCAGUGUAGGAUCCAGGCGUUCGGAAAAACCAAAGCUAAAGCCCAAAUAAAUUAACCAACAUAUAGUGAAUCGAUAUCAGACUAACCAAAUUACGUGUGUGUGUGUAGUGCGGGAACCGAAUCCCGAAACCGUUUUCGUUUCAAAGUGUUUAGUGUCGAGUUCAAUGGUGCGUCGGAUGAAAGGCAAUUGCGUUGCAGUUCCUGGAAUUAAGUUGACUGUGUAGCCUGUGAGGGCAAGGCUUGAGUACUGCUUCAGAAGUCAGCAACUUGAUUCCAGCAAUUGCGGCCCAAUAUUCCGCAACAAAGAAAGCCAGCGAAAACCCGACGAUGAAAGGCAAUGGUAAUGUUAAUAAGGCGAAAAGUGCAGACAAAGAGUUUUGUGUACUUUGUACAAAUAACUAACCACUUCACAAAAUGUUACCGAUUUUUGAUUUUCCAUUGAUCCACAAAGCAAGCAGAAAGUCAAGAACAUUUGUCAAGUAAAGCAAAUUUAUAAAAACAAACAGCAACUUUUAUGCUGAUUUCCCACGCUAGUCUGAAACAAAAAUAUAAAAUAGAACUAUUGUGUCGAGUGGAGAACAAGGAUUAGGAGCCAAAGCUCAGUAUGUAUCAUAUAAAGAGUGUAUAAAUAGAUGUCUAAAUAAAUGUUAUAUUUAUAGUAAGUAUUUAUUAUAUGACUUUCCUUAAAAAGAUGAAAUAAAACCAUAGGGAAGAGCGCAACCUAAAUCUCCAAAGAACUUGUUAUAUUUUUAUAAACAGCAGUCCCCAAACUAAUAUUGUAUGUGUAAUUUGUAUUUGUAUAUUGACAAGUCUGUGUAUAUGUGCGUGCGAGUUAUUUAUUAUUAUAAAAUUAUUACUGACAACUGAACUUUUCGUUGCAUUGUUUUGUGUUUUGUUGUGCAAUUUUCCAUGCAAGACAAAAUAGGAUCCUAACAUUAAGCCAAGCUGACAAGCAAAUCUGGCCUCGAGUGGCAGACAAGUAAAUGGCAAACUAAGCUACUAACUAAGUGAAUAUGAAAUUCAGAUGUAUUAUAAAGCAACAUAACAAACUUUGAGUUGGAAAACAAGCAGAAAAGCAAAAUAAAUUUAAAACUACAAAUAUAGCAAA